ACAGGACAGAACUCUCUGCAAAUACAUUGGCGUCGAUUAUUCCAACAUUUCUACGGAAAUUUCUUUGGAUUUCAUUUCACGCGAUCGGAGAAGACAUGACUAGUUGCUUCUGCUGCGGUAGUAGCACCAUGCUGCCGGCGACUGCGGCUAAAUCGCCGAACACCAUGAGCUCCACCUCUUCUUCAUUCAUCGACAGAUCGCCGGUCAGCCUACUGCGACCCGGGAAGGUUCCAUCUAGGGUUUUCAGAGUCAGGGCUUCCGCUGCUGUGGAUUCAUACGGUAGCUCUCCUGAUUUCAUCAAGCGCAUGGAGCAGGCUUGGCUGAUCUCUAAGCAACCGAGACCUGUGGCCUGUUCGUCAUGCGACUCAAAUGGCCAUGUGGAAUGCCAAUGGUGUCGAGGAACUGGUUUCUUCAUUCUUGGGGAUAACAUGCUGUGCCAAGUCCCGUCCAGAAAUACCGGCUGUGUUAUUUGUGCUGGAAACGGAUCCAUGCGAUGCCGGGACUGUAAGGGAACUGGGUUUCGUGCCAAGUGGUUAGGGGAGCCUCCUAUCCCCCACCCAAGUACCGGUUGAUCAUAGCAGCUGCAGCACGACAAGACACAAAAGCUUCACCGUUCUGUUCUGUAUGCGAUUGAGUGAAUUAGCCUCUUGAUUUGCCCUUGCAGACUACAUUGUGUUUGAUGCAAUCCUCGGUACGUAAGGAAGGCUUCAGAUCGUAUCAGUGGUCGUCUCUACACUAAUUUACUUAACACCCAUUAUAGAAAAAUGGUCAGACCACACGGUGGAAUUGUAUAUUUGGAUCUGUAAUCCUGGCUCAUUUAUAUACAAUGCAUUCAUCAUUCGAUUUCAAUGCCUAUUCGUUUCCUGGUACUCUAUCGGAUUGGAAGGUGCAGCGGA